AUGAGAACUCGAAAUGCGGAUUCGUCUUCCAAAUCCGUAACCCCUAAGAAGACACCGCCGGCGAGAAAAUCCGCCGGAGAAUCUGCGGUCGCAAAGCGCACACCUCCAUCCAAAACCAGAAACGCCAAGAAGACGGAGGCAUCGCCCUCAACCGAGCCUAUAACCGAAUCCAAUCCGGAUCAAUCUGAGCAGCAAAAAUCAUUAGCCAGUGCUACCACUAUGAAAUCUGCGAAGAGGAAAAUACCAGGUAAACCGAGGACAACAGUGGUUGCCACCACUCCAAAUUCGGAAGAGCAAUUGGAGGCUGAAGCUGAUGAAACUAGAGAUGUAGGUGAUUCUGAAGCAGCAGAGAAAGUGGUAGAAGCUGGAAAUGUUAGCAACAUUGGUGCGGAUAAUAUGGAGAGUGAGAAGGAGGGGGGACAAAGUUUUUUGUCUGUUGGAUUGUCGGAUGGGAGGGAACAAAAGCCCAUGGAAGUGUAUGAACCUGUUGUUGGAAAAGUUUGUGAAUCGGUCGAAAACGGGAAGAGCAUGGAAGGUAGUGAACCGAUUGUUUCUCCAGAGGCUCCUCUUUCUUUUAAACAAUCAGGAUGCAAUGUCAUGGAUCUCAAUAUGUCUGGGGCUGAUAAUGAAGAUUAUACUGCCGCAAAGGAAGGAGGGGAAGUUUUGAAAGAGGAAGAAUUGAAUAUACCGGAAGAAGAGAGAGGAAAGGCAGAAUUGAAAGGAGACGAAGGAGAAAAAGGAAAGGAUGAGUUGAAUGAUCAAGGAGAGAAAGGAAAAGAGGAGUUGAACCAACAAAAAAGAGAGACAGAAAUUUUAGAGUUUAAAAUACAGGAAAGAGAAAAAGGAAAGGAAGAGUUGCAAGAACAGGAAGGAAAGAAGGAAAUGGAAGAGUUUAAAAUACAGGAAGGAGAAAAAGGAAAGGAAGAGCUGAAAGAACAGGAAGUAGAGAAGGGAAAGGAAGUGGUAAAAGAACGAGUAGGAGAGAAAGAAAAAGAAGAGUUUAAAGAACAUGAAGCACAGAAAGAAAAUGAAAAUUUUAAAGAAGAGAAAUUAAAAAAAGCAAAAGGAGAGGAAACAAACAUUAUUGGACAUGAAGAGCACUUUAGUGUAGAAGUACAAGCCCAACUGCCAAAAGAAUUUGAUCCCAAAAAUUAUGGUGUUGAAGGGCCAAAGGGUGGUGAACUGAUAGAUCUUGAAGAGCAAGGGAAGGUGGAGCUUGAGGAGGAAGAUCCAGAGGAAGAUCCAGAAGAAGAUCCAGAGGAACUGCCCGAAGAAACCGAGACAUUGGAUGAAGAGCAUAUAGAUUUUGAAGAUAUUGCAAAGCAGCGAAAGAUUAGGAAAGAGCAUGAGAUAUUUGUUGGUGGGUUGGAUCGUGAUGCUACAGAGGAAGAUCUGAGAAAGGUUUUUCAGAGGAUUGGGGAGGUAGUGGAAGUCAGGUUGCAUAAAAAUUCGUCAACAAAUAAAAAUAAGGGAUAUGCUUUUGUGAAGUUUGCCAUUAAGGAGCACGCGAAGAAAGCUUUGUCUGAAAUGAAGAACCCUGUUAUACGUGGAAAACGAUGUGGCACCGCACCUAGUGAGGAUAAUGACACAUUAUUCUUGGGAAAUAUUUGCAAUAAAUGGACAAAAGAAAUUAUUAAACAGAAGCUGAAGGAUUAUGGUGUAGAAGGGGUUGAAAACAUUACACUCGUACCAGAUGUUCAACAUGAAGGCUUGAGCCGGGGCUUUGCAUUCCUUGAGUUUUUUUGUCAUGCUGAUGCCAUGCUUGCAUACAAGAGACUUCAAAAGCCUGAUGUCAUUUUUGGUCAUGCUGAGCGAACUGCUAAGGUAGCCUUUGCCGAACCGGUACAUGAACCAGACCCCGAGAUAAUGGCACAAGUGAAGUCUGUGUUUAUUAAUGGUCUCCCUCUUCACUGGGAGGAAGAUCAUGUGAGGGAACUGUUGAAAUCUUAUGGUGAUAUUGUAAAAGUUGUUUUAGCGAGGAAUAUGUCCACAUCUAAGAGAAAGGAUUAUGGAUUUGUGGAUUUUUCUACACAUGAAGCUGCUUUAGCUUGUGUUGAUGGUGUAAAUAAAUCAGAAUUGGGAGAUGGGGCAUCAAAGAUAAAAGUGAGAGCUAGGCUUUCAAACCCUUUGCCUAAAAUGCAGGCUGUCAAGGGUGACAUGUGUGGUGGCCUCCGCAUUGGUCAGGCCAGGAGUGAAGCUUACCCAAGAUCAGAAGUAGGUUUUGGGCGGGGGCGAGGAAGACAUCCAUUCAAUAACAGGGGAAAUUUCAACAGGGGCAGGAGUUUCUAUCAUCAUGGGAGGCGCAGUCAAAUUGGAAGGGGUUUUUGGGACGACCCUGAUUUUAGUAUGCAUCCGAAUUUCCAUCAGCGGCAAUUUGGUCCACAAGGAGCUAUGGGGGGUGAACAUUAUGCAGGUAGUCUAGGUGGUGCUCCAUUUGCUGGUCCAUCUAGACAUUAUUAUGAUAGAGAAUGGUAUGGUUUCCCUGAUGGAGGCCCUGGUGAGCCUAUGCCUCCAAGAAGGCCAUACUCUCCAGGUGGACGUUUUUAUGGUAUCCCUGAUGGAGGUCCGGGUGAGCCUAUUCCUCCAAGAAGGCCAUAUUCUCCAGGUGGACGGUUUUAUGGUAUCCCUGAUGGAGGCCCUGGUGAGCCUAUUCCUCCAAGAAGGCCAUACUCUCCAGGUGGACGGUUUUAUGGUAUCCCUGACGUAGGCCCUGUUGAGCCUAUUCCUCCAAGAAGGCCAUAUUCUCCAGGUGGACGGUUUUAUGGUAUCCCUGAUGGAGGCCCUGGUGAGCCUAUUCCUCCAAGAAGGCCAUACUCUCCAGGCGGACAGUUUUAUGGUAUCCCUGAUAGAGGCCCUGGUGAACCUAUUCCUCCAAGAAGGCCGUACUCUCCAGGGGGACAAUUUGACGUGCCUUUUACGGGAAGGCAUGUUGAUGAUCCAUAUCUGUAUGAUGACAAUAUACGUGGAAUAAAACGCCCAUUUCAUAUGACUGACCCUGAACCUGAUCACAUGGGGCCUAAUAGACUUCGCCCGCGAUUUGAUAAUGCAGAUCCAUCUAUAUUUCAUGGAACUCGAUACCAUGAUUAUGCUGGGGCUGGCAGCAGGCAGUACCCACAUGACUAUUAUGGUUCUCAUCAUGGCAGAGGUCCAUACUCUUUCUAUGGGGGCAAUGGCCCUCAUGAAGACAGAUACUAUUAUUAG